GAGCUUCAUGAAUGAAUCACUGACACUUGUUUGAUUUACGCUUUCUGUACAUGUUCAUCUGCUAAUCUUGUUCUUGUAUCUUCUUGGAGUUUAGGAGCCUGGAUAGAUUGAAGAUGCUGAGAUAGUUCUCUAAUUCCCUCUCUUCCACCUUCAAAUCAUAAAUCACAUUUCAUUGUAUGCUUUGCUUUACAGCCUUUCUAUUCUGUACGGAGAGGUAGUUUUGGAUUAUCAUCAUUCUUUUUCGAACCCACGAAUUCCUAUCUCAAUGGCCCCCAAAAUAAUAACCUGGGCUCCCCUCGACAUCUUCUCCCCCGCCCCCAUCCACCACAAGCCUCUUGCAAUCAUAAUCCUCAACCAAGAGCUCAAACUCCCUCUCUACCUCUACCACCAGCUCUGGCUCAAUUCAACCUUCGUCAUCGCGGCCGAUGGUGGAGCCAACCGCCUCUACGACCUCAACAAAGCACACUCCACCACCUUAUCCACCAACGCCAUAAUAGGCGACCUCGACUCGCUCCUCCCCUCCGUCCGCUCAUUUUGGGAAGAUAGAGGAAUCCCAAUAAUGCACGACUCAGACCAAUAUUCUACCGAUUUCACGAAAGCAGUGAAUUACAUCCGCGCCUCGCCGUCUCGGAAAGACAUCGAUAUCGUUGUCCUCGGCGGUCUGGGCGGGAGGGUAGAUCAGGGCUUGAGUGUUUUGCAUCAUCUGUAUCUAUUUCAAGAUUCGGUUACUUAUGAGGAUGGGAGGAUGUAUUUGUUGAGUAGUGAGGCUGUGACGUUUGUUCUAAAGAAGGGGAAACAUGGUAUCAAGGCGAAGGAGAGGUGGGAGGGGAUUGGUUCUGGUGAAGGCAAGGGCGAGGUGGGGUUGGGGAAACAUGUGGGGAUCUUGCCGUUGAAGGGAGAAAGUGUUAUUUCUACCCAAGGUUUGGAGUGGGAUGUCAAAGAUUGGAAGACGGUUUUUGGGGGGUUGGUUAGUACGAGUAACCAUGUGAAGGAGGAGACCGUGAAGGUUGAGACGGAUGAGGAUGUGUUGUUUACUAUUGAUUUGAAUUUCGCGGGUGGAGGUGACUGAGAUGUUGACAUCAAUAGCAGAGGGGACCUACCUUGGAUGUGCGGAUUGGAUCUGAAGUGUUCAAGGAGAGGAAAUGUUAUUUUAGGUGUCGCCGAAGUAAAGGACAAAACUUCAAAAUACAGCUUAUUGAUACUAUAAGCAGAUGUCUAAGAACAUAGUAAUAAGAAAUCUGAAAAGCCUACAGAUCUCAAAUCA